GGUUCACCGGCUGGCAGGCUGAGCGGGAGCAGCCUGGGCUAUCUCCCAGGGCGUUCCAUAGCCCCGUAACAUCAGGGGCCGGGCAGAGAGCUUCAGGCAGCGCGCACAUGGAAGAGUCUGUUUUCCUGGAGAUCAGGCGGAGGAUGCAGAGCGGGCUGCUGAUUAUCCGUGAGCCAAAAGCAAGAAAUUUGCCAGUGGAUAUUACAGUGUCUCCAGGAUCAUUAGAAAUAAAAAGUUGUCAAGCCUGCAACAUGAUCAGCUUUCCUGCAGAGGUCAGGAUUGUUCCUUUUUCCUGUCGAGGAUUACAGUAUAUAGCUGGAGAUGGUUUGCAUGUGAGGCUGCAAGUUCAAGCAGAUUCAAAUACAACAUUAAUUUCAACUUUGAGUGAAAGUCUGAAGGCACAGAAGAGUUGCAUCUUUUACUGUCAAUCUUGUGGUGAAGUCAUAAUAAAAGAACGGACGUUUCUCAGAGUUCUUCCCCUACCAAGUGAAAACUGGAGUGCUUUGGUUGAGGAGUGGUGCUGCCAUCCCAAUCCCUUUGCCAACAGCGCUCUUCACCCUCAGAAUAACGAUUGUUUUCUUGGACACACUUACUUUCUGGUGAAUUCAGGAAAUGAGUCACAUGUGCCUGGACCUGAAAUAGUCCAUUCAGAGACUGAACAUUCUGCAUCUGAGAGGGGCCCUACCUUGAAGUCGAAGGAAAACGCUAGAGUAAUUUGUAAGCGCUGCAAGGCAAUGCUGGGAGAGACAAUAUCAUCAGGGACUACAAAAUAUUACAUCACUGAGAUGAUUGUUCAACCAUCUGGAACAAAUUUUAACAUGAUACCAAGGUCUCAGUUUGUACAGAACAUUAUAGCUCAGUGUCUCGUGGGACUGUCCACUGCCAGAAGCACAUUUAGAUUCAGAAUACAAGGGCAUGAUGGAAAAGUCUACAUCUUGAUGUGGCUUUUAAAUUCUGACACUUUAUUGGUGGAAUCUUUGGGAAAUUCAGCAUCCAGCAGUGUUUUUACAUUGCUUGAAGAUAAUUUGAGGCCUGAUUCCAAGUCUUCAGGCACAUGGAAUGCAGUCAAAGUUCUUUAUCAUCCCUGCAUUAAAAACAGGAAUAAGGACCUUGCUGAUGCAUGGAAAAAUGAUAUUGGAGUUCAUCCUCUAACAUUUCCAUCAAAAACCUGUUUGGAAUUGUUGUUGAUACUGAGUUUGAGUAAUGCUUGUCUGCCACCUUCACUACGCUGCAUGAACUCCUUCCAGGUUGCCUUUUUGAAGAUGUGAAGAAUCCAGACACAUUAACUGAAAAUUAUUCUCAAGUUAACCUUCAAAUAAAAUACAGAAAUAUGAGGAUAAUUUCCAUUGGGAUGACUUUCCAGCAAGAGUCAGUGAGGGUGCAAAACCUCAACAUAAUAUUAUUUUAUUAUUUAUGAUAUUUGUUGGAUUUUUGGUUUUGAAAGAGCAAAGCCAAUGACUGAGAAAGUUGGUUUAGACAGGCAUACAUUACAAGACUGGAGUUCUGAGAGUGACUGGGGUGACCAUAAUGAUGACCUCUUAAUCACCAAGGGAAAAGAAGUCAAUUAUCUUGAUGGAUAGUAACAUAUAUUUUAUGUGGAAAAUGAAGAACUGACAGCCAGUAGAGGGUAUAAAAUAUUUAAUAUUGUGAAUUCUAACUCAGAAAUAUAUAUGCACAUUUUACCGCUUUUCUCACUUUUUUGAGUUGGCAGAGGUAAUCAGACAACUAGAACUGUAAAAUGUAAACUUGUUUUCCAGCAAACGUAUGUAUGUAGCAUAUACAUUAUUUCCAUAUGAAAUCCUACUCCCUAAUCAAGAGAGAAGGUAGUAUUUACAUGCCUGCACCCUAUGUAAAACUGAAUGAAAUUGAUAAUGUAUUAGUUAAAGUUCACAGACAAAAUGUUUUUGUGAUUACUUAAAAGAGAUUAUCUUGCAACUACAAAAAGAAGGGUGUCUGUGAAUAUAGGGUUCAUAGAAGUUGCUGAACUCACAGUCCUCUGUUUGCGAAGCACGUGCAUCUCAGGUUGUGACAACAUAAACUUCCCCACACAGCCCUUCCUAGACGUUCCUAGGUGCCUCAAUCCUGGCUUGGCGGGACCAUAUCUAUGGAGUAGUUCAGUCCUUAUUGCCCAUUCAGUACUUUCUCCUCUUAUCAGACUAUCAAGAAAAGUUGACAAGUGAGUUAGUGCUGAUUGGAGUUGGUAGCAGUUUCUGUGUUGUAGUCACUUAUCUAUUUGUAAUUGGACUGAUACCACCAAAUGCAUUCCAUGUGGAACAAAUAACCUUGCACUGUUUCCAAUUUUGGAGUGGACCUCUCAUUCUUUAGUUGUCAGUAAUUACUUUGGUCUCCAUUGUGCAGAGAGAGUGCCAGAGAGGAUGUGUAUAUAUGUGUGGGCAGUGGAGGGAAAGAUGAACUAUUCAUCUCUGCAUAAGCACCACUACUACCAUAAUUCAGCAGCCGCCCUGUACUCUGCCUAAGCUAAGGAUAGAGCUGAACUUUUGACAAAAUUCGUAUUGUGGAUCCCUUUUAUACUGUAUAUCUGAGCCCUGUAUUAACACAUAUUUGGAACCCUGCCCAUUUUGUAACCUUAAUCUAUUUUCUUGUGUGUCCUCAAGAUUGCCACAGAAUACCAUUGGGGCCGAAAAUUUAGCACGAUUCAAAAAUGGGUCACACAUUUAUAUAGAUAACUAGAUGAUCCAGUUUAUGCUACCAUACACUUUGAUUUGAGUUAUUAAACACCAUGAUUCAGGUUGUAAACUAAUCUCUAAGUAUAGGGGUUAUGAGGAGACCGAAUAUAGUAUGCAGCAUAGCCCACGUUUGUCUGUUCUGUUUUGUGCCUUCCCUUGAAGCAUUUGGUGCUGUCUGCUUUUGGAGUCAGAAUACUGGAUUCGCUGAACCAUAGGUCUGAUCCAGUCUCACAGUUCUUAUGUCCUGAAGAUGCUUGGGAGAAGCAUUUCUACUGAAAAUAGUGGAAGAAAUCCUGUUUGUACAGACUGGCUUUUUUGCAGUACUUAUCUUUAAACAAUUAAGAAAUAAGAGAGACAAGGUGG